AUGUCAAGUAGUGCCCAUGGAAGUGCUGCCUAUGUUUCAAUAUGGCAGAACCUCCGUCAUCGUUCCUCUGGCAAAGUUGAGUUCAGUGUUCCAGGUUUUCCUGAUUCAUGCCGGUUCCAUAUGACCCAUCUGCAUAGAUAUCUGCAAGCUGUAGAGGGGACUGAUGAAUGGUCAAAAAAUCCAAAAUCAUCUGUCAGCAGCACAGCGGCAGAGAACCAGGAUUGCCUAAUGAACAAUGCCUGGAAUGGCUGGAAUUCUGAGUGUUCUGUUCUUACAUCUCAUUCAGUUCCCAGAACUGUUAGUCCUCCUCAGAUGAUGGCAUUAGCUAUGGGGUUAGAAGACUCUGGGAAACUAUUCAUUUGGGCCAUAAGGACUCCCUUUGGUUUUGAUCCUAAAGGUGAAUUCAAGGCUGACUGGGAAAGCUUGAGCCAUGGUGUGCCCAUUAUUGGUUGGCCACUUGCAGCUGAACAAGGGUACAAUUCAAAGAUGAUCAUGGAGGAGAUGGGAGUUGGUAUUGAGUUAACUGGGGGAUUACAGAGCCAUCUACAGAAGGAGGAUGUGGAGAUGGUAAUAAAUACUUUAAUGGAGAAAGGAGGAAAUGGAGAGGAAAUGAAAAGAAAGGCACUUGAGAUAAGAUAG